AUGAUACCACUUCUACUAUUUUGUCUGAUACCCUGGGUAUCUUCAAAGGCUUACUGUACAAAAUGGACUGAAAUAAAAUCUGGAGAUUCCUGCUGGAAUAUUGCAUCUAAUGCAAAAAUUAGCGUGGAACGUCUGCAGCAGCUGAACAAAGGAAUGAAAUGUGAUAAACUUCCACUUGGCGAUAAGCUAUGUCUGGCGUCCUCAACCACUAAGCCCGUUUGUGAAAAGAAAUUGAAACUCAAGGCAGAAGAUACUUGCUUCAAAAUUUGGUCAUCCCAAAAGUUAUCAGAACGGCAGUUUCUGGGGAUGAAUGAAGGGAUGGAUUGUGACAAGUUGAAAGUUGGAAAGGAAGUUUGUGUAGCUGUUGGUACUAAAUCCUCGAGAAACUCGUUUGCGGCACCAUCUCAGUCAAACUGCAACAAGAAACACAAAAUCCAAAAAGGCGACACUUGUUUCAAAAUCUGGACUACAAAUAAAAUUUCGGAGAAACAGUUCAGGAAUUUGAACAAAGGUUUAGAUUGUGAUAAACUGGAAAUCGGAAAAGAAGUUUGCAUAUCUGGACCAAUGAGAACUAAGAGAGAUGUAGAAAAAGAAUCCGUGGAUACUAACUGCCUAAGUAAACUGAAAAUCAAAGAAGGUGACACUUGUUACAAUAUUUGGACGUCCCAGAAAAUAUCUGAACAGGAGUUUAUGGAAUUGAACAAAGGACUGGACUGUGACAAGUUAGAAAUCGGAAAAGAAGUUUGUGUAACUGUAAACCCAACAAGUAUCGCAUUUGAGCUACCGGCUCAGUCAAGAUGUGGAAAAACGUACAGGUUUAAAAAAGGCGAUACCUGCUACAAAAUCUGGACCUCACACAAAAUGUCAGAAAAGCAAUUUAGAGCUUUGAAUCGAGGAAUCGAUUGCGACAGGCUGGUACCAGGAAAGGAACUCUGUGUGGGUAGAGCAAAACACAAGAGAGAAGCCGGUGCAGCAACUUCUGAAGUAGAUUGCAGCAAGAAGAUAACCGUCAAGCCAGGUGACACUUGUUUCAGUAUUUGGACUUCACAAAAAAUGACACAACAACAGUUUAUGGAUAUCAAUCCAGAAUUAGAUUGUGAUAAACUGGAAAUUGGAAAAGAAGUUUGCGUAACUGGAAAUGUCGGGAAUAACAUUCAGGAAAACGUUUUAGAAGCACCCGUUCAAACGCAGUGUCCAAGAAAAGUGAAAAUUAAUCCAGGAGACACUUGCUUCAAUAUCUGGACUUCACAAAGAAUGACCCAACAGCAAUUUAUGGAUUUGAAUAAAAGAUUGGAUUGUGACAAGCUGGAAGUGGGUAAAGAAGUUUGCGUGGCUGGAGAAAACAUCAACCAGGGAAACAAUCAAGAAACUCCAAUAGCAUCACAGUGCCAGGAAAGAGUUCAAAUCAAUCCAGGAGAUACUUGCUUCAAAAUCUGGUCGGCUCAAAAAUUGACCGAACAACAGUUUAUGGAACUAAAUAAAGGGCUAGACUGUGACAGAUUGGAAGUUGGAAAGGAAGUUUGUAUUGCUAGAGGACCUGGUAAUGGAGUCACAAACAAUCCGAGAGCCACCACAGCACCAGCAACCAGACCAAGCAACCAAGGGAACAAUUCUACUUCCACAAGUCAAUGUGGCCAGAAGACAGAAGUCAAGGAAGGUGACACCUGCUUUAAAAUCUGGUCGGCUCAUAAAAUCACGGAGCAGCAGUUUAUGGAGAUGAAUAGAGGAUUGGAUUGCAACAGAUUGGAAGUUGGAAAAGAAGUUUGUAUCGUUAGAGGACCUGGUAAUGGAGUCACAAACAAUCCAAGAGUUACCACUCCAGUUUCUGGACAAUCACGAACAACCAGUUCGAGCAAUCAAGGCAACAAUUCUACGCGAGCACCCACAGGGCAAUGUGAACAGAAAAUAAAAGUUAAAGAAGGGGAUACUUGCUUCAAAAUAUGGUCGGCUCAGAAAAUGACGGAACAGCAGUUCAUGGAGAUGAAUAGAGGAUUGGAUUGUAACAAGUUGAUGGUUGGGAAAGAAGUUUGUGUUUCUGGCGGAUCCAAUCCAGGGAGUCCAGAGGAAAACUCAAAUACUACGAAGCCCGCUCUGCCAAUGGUUGAAACAUCUGGAACAUGCAAUGAAUACGCUACGAUCACACCAGGAAAUACAUGCUUCAACAUAUCCGUCGCGUACGGUAUUAACCUCACCGAUCUUCAGAAAACCUACGACUGCAAAGCUCUCGAGGUCGGCGAUACAAUUUGUGUCUCUCAAAACUACACCUGUCAACAUCGCAUAGAAGUCAUUAAAGGAGACACUUGUUGGUUCCUAGAAAAUGCUUUCAAAACUAAUCAAACUGAAAUGGAGAGAGCAAAUGAAGGUGUCAAGUGUGAUAACCUUCCAAUUGGGAGAAUGAUGUGUGUAUGGUCGGCUGAUGAUAGGAAACUUCCGAAUAUGACAUGUACCGAAUGGAAAACUAUGAAUGAUGAAUCUUCCGACUGCUAUGGAGAAGCUAGAAACUCGUCAAUUACCAUCGAUUUGUUCAAGUUCCUGAACCCGAGAGUGAACUGUACGAAUCGACAGAAAAUUCCAAAAGGCUCAAAAAUCUGUGUGAAAUCUCAAUCUACAAAGAAUUGUACUUCCAUUCAAAUGUUCAACCAAUAUCAAUCAUGUAACCAAGUGAUGCAACAAAAUCAAAUUAGUAUGAGAAAACUGAUGGAUUUGAAUCCAACAUUCCGUUGCGACAGAUUACAAAAAUCGGAACAAAUUUGUCUUGGAACCGGACCUUUCAAGCAAGAGCAGUGUAUUUCUUCCCGACGGGUCACUCCGGAAAAUGAUAAUUGCGAAAAAAUAACGAGACUGACUGGAUUGAGUCGAGGACAGAUUGAAACUCUCAAUCCCGGUAUAAAAUGCGAAAAACCAUUUGAAUGGGGAUCACUGAUAUGUACAGCAAGUUUGGGAGUCGAUACAAGACAGGCUCAGGACUUGAUUGUAACAAGUUUGAAAGACAUUGCACCAGAACUUGUUAAAAUGUUUGACAAUUACAACUCAAAUCCGAGUGAGGCAAAUGAGAAUGCGAUGAAUGAAGAAUUGCUAGCCGACCUGCAAAAGCCAGCUGUGAACUCUAAACUCAAGGAAUUGUACAAAUCCGAUGAAAAGAUUAGAAAGAUUUUGGAUAGUCAACACCCACUCCCUAGAGAAAAAUAUUGCGAAGAAAUCAAGAAAACCAAAAUGAGUGACAAUAUUAAAAAUUGCUACUGCGAAAAUGAAGAGCUCCUGCUAUACUGUCAAGUGUUGGCAACAAAAGUUAUUUUGGACGGAGAAGAUUGGAAUUCUCCCCAAAAUACAACAGUUCUUCGUGCUUUCAGAUCAAAAAGGCAAGUUGGAUGCAGUUUUUCUACUCCUUCAUCAGGAGAGGAUACUCUGUCUGUUUUCAAAAAUCUUUAUGGAGGUUGCUUUGCUGGUGGAUGUACAUUUCCAUUCGGCCUUGUAGAAAUCUCUGUUGAAGCUGACAUUUGCGUACCUAGCGUGACUUUUGCCAAAGAUACUGUACUUUAUUGCGCUAAGGAUAAGAAUGAUUGUACGAAAAAAGAAAAUGAAGACGUGCCCGGUCUCAAAUACCUUGCUGAUCGGAAGUUGGGAGGAGUUAUCAGUUUAUGCGCAGUUGGCUCCAAGUUGGCAAAAUUAUUGACAAAGGGUGGAUUGAGCUUGUGCUGGGAAAUUUUGGCAGCUGACUAUUUCGGAUUUAUUGGAAAACUGGAUUUGUCAUCUAACCUGCGACUCGUCGUCGUUGAUGUAGAAGGUGGAGCUACCAUGAAAGUUCACGGACUUGCAUUCCCAGAUAUGUGUGAACACAGUGAAUUCCAGUGUGAAGAUUACUGUAGAUGGAGAGCUGAUGAGUGGGAUAAUGGAAAAGCAUACGGAUACCUCAAAUUCAAAGCUCUGAAAGUGUUUGGAUUCAGCGGAUUCAAAUUAUUGGAGGAAUCGUUUGACGAGCCUAGCCGUGUUGGAUGUGAUGAAGGAAAAGAAGCAGCAGUUGUUUUGAGAAACACGAGAACUUGUAAAGAUCAAGCUGAAAGGGAAAUUCAAAGAAGGUGCUGGAGUGGUGAUGAUAUGAUGGGCUGGGACAAACUCGACAAAGAGUGGUCGUUUGCUUUCCAACCUCACAUUUUCGGAAGAACUCUCUUUGUUUGUGAAUUUACUGAUAAGCAUAAUCAAAAGAUUGGUUUUGAUGUUUAUGGAGGAAAAUCCGAUAACAAGGGAAAAGCUACGUUCUAUUAUGUUGUGAAAAAUGACGGAAUCUAUUUUGGAACUGAAAAGUACAAAGAGGAUAAGCUUAUGGGGUCUUGGGAUAACAAGUGCGAAGAGGAUAAGCCUGAGCCACCAAAGCCAGAUCCGUCAAAAGUUGAAGAGCCGACUGGAAAGAGUUCAUUGCCAGCAGCUUCUUGUGGAAAACGAAUUGUUGGAUACUAUACAGGAUGGGGAGAUCGUGAGAUAACAGAGAAUCAACUUAAGAAGCUGACACACGUUAUAUUCGCAUUUGUUGCGAUGUAUGAGGAUGGAAGUGUGAAGUUCGGCGCUGUAAGUGAAGAUGAUUCCGGUCCACAGGCUGCGAAAAAAGCAGAGAGAAGAUUUCUGAAUAUGAAGAAAAAAGCUAGAGCUGCAAAUUCUGGAGUUCGAGUUCUUUUUGCCGUUGGUGGUUGGGAUAACUCACAGUACUUCUCUUCUGUGGCAGCAGAUUCUGGAAAGAGAAAAAAGUUUGUUGACUCCAUCGCUUCUUUUGUUGAAGAUCAGAAGAUUGAUGGUGUUGAUCUCGAUUGGGAAUAUCCUGAUAGUAAUGGAAAAGAUGCCAAAAACCAUGUUCAGCUCAUCAAAGAAAUUAGAGAAAAGUUCUCAGAAAUGGCAAAGAAGAAGAAGAGAAAGGAUCCAUAUGUUAUUACACUGGCAUCUGCAGCUGGAGAAUGGAAUCUUCGAAAGGGUUAUGAUCUGAAAGGAAUAUUGAAGUAUGCCGAUUUCAUAAAUGUGAUGACCUACGAUUACUAUGGAGCAUGGGAAUCGAAAUGGGGUGCUUAUACAGGAACACCUGCUCCAUUGUAUUUUGGAAGUUUGAAAGGAUUUUCUGGAAAACUGAAUGCUGAUUUCUCAAUGAAGUUUUAUGCUUGUAAGACGGAAAAGCCAAGUCAAUUGAAUAUGGGAGUACCCUUCUACGGGAGAUACUGGAAGAAUGUUCUUGGUCCAAUUGAUAAAUCGGACAAUAUGUGGAGAACUGCUGCACCACAGAAUGGAAAAUAUGAAGGCGGAUAUGUUGGAUGGAGAAAUCUUGCAAAGGAAGGAUGGAAUAAGGGAUCAGCUUCGUGGCACGAAAAGACAAAAACUCCAUAUAUUAUGAAUAACGGCGCCAAGAAGUUCUUAGGAUUUGAAAAUGAGAGAAGUCUCAAAGAAAAAAUGAAGUAUGCUACAGAUCGAAACCUUGGUGGAUUGAUGAUCUGGGCCUUGGAUCUUGAUGACGAUGCAGAUACACUUUUGAAUUUAGUAUCUUCUGCUGGGCUGUGCUCCGGAGGAAAAGGUGACAAAGUUACAUAUAAAUGUGUUCCAAUUGACGACGUUCGAUGGUGGACUCCUGAAAAUUCUGACGAAAAGAAGCAAGGACAAUGUGGAAAGUCUGCUCCAUUGAUAAAUGGAUUUUACCCUGUCUGUGACCCAGAUGAUCCAGGCUUCUCGUGUUGUGGAGCAGCUGGAUAUUGCGGAAGUGGAAAAGAAUACUGCGAUUGUAAGGGAUGCGUGAACUACCGCAAGGAUCCCGAUUUGAUCAUCAAGAAACCUGUAAAACCGUCAAGAGAAAUUCAAUGGUAUACACAAGAUGCUCCAGAUGGAAAGAGGGGAAGAUGCGGAAAAGAUAUUGAAAAAAUCAAUGGAAAAAUGCCAAUUUGCAAUCCCGAUGAUGAUACUAAGUAUUGUUGCUCAAAUGGUGGAUACUGUGGAAUCGGAAAAGAAUUUUGUAGUUGCAAUGGUUGUGUGGAUUACAGAAAAGACAAAAAAGACCAGAACAAAUAAGCAUUGAUUGUAUUGUACAUAUGUAAUUUACCAUGUAAAAUUGUGAUUUAACAUUCAAUAAAAUAUGCUCAUAUCGAAAUUGUA